GUUCAGCGCGGCGGAUGCGAUUCAAUCCUCACCCACCGUCAGGAGGCAGCAUUUCAGGUCUUUUUUGGGUCCAACGACCGGAAGAUCUAUGCGGUGAGAGAGGAUAACGGCGAGUAUGCAUGGCAUUUUACCACGCAGGGCCGCAUCCUGUCGCCCCCUACCAUCAGCAAUAAUCUCGUCUUUGUAGGAUCUUCAGACUGGCGUCUCUAUGCCUUGGAUGAAGUGGACGGCAAGAAGGUCUGGGAAUUUCGCACCGAAGCAGCCGUCCACUGCUCGCCCGUUGUGUUCAACCUCAUCGUCUACUUCGGCUCUCUUGAUGGCAAGCUGUAUGCAGUGAGUGCGCUGGCAGGCGAGUUGGUUUGGGAGUUCGACGCCGGUUCAUCCAUCAAGUCCUCGCCUGCGCUGGACGAUGGGAAGAUCUUCUUCGGGUCCGACAAUG